AUGAUUGAGAAACGGCGAAUACUGAAUGAAACGCUUAAAUGGCUUGAUCUCGAGAAGACCUUGAAUGCGUCCACGACGCUUGUUCCCGGGGGAUACCACCGUCCCGUUGGAUGUGCUUCCGCACAGCGACUUGCCGUAAUAAUUCCCUACAGAGACAGAGAAGAAAACUUGAAGAUCCUCCUCAACAACCUCCACAGAGUGCUUCAGAAGCAACAGGCGGAGUAUGCCAUAUUUGUAGUGGAGCAGGAAAGCGGUACACCUUUCAACAGAGGAUUGAUUAAAAAUAUUGGUUACCUUGAAGCCCAGGCUCUGUGUCAUUUUGAUUGUUUCACCUUCCAUGAUGUGGACUUGGUGACAGAGAGUGAGCGGAAUACCUACAUGUGUGGGACGUUGGCUGUGCAUCACGCUAGACGACUCAACACAUGGAAUUAUAGGGUAUUGUACACUUUCCUGUUUGGUGGAGUACUCACCUUCAACGAGACAUAUUUCUCGACCAUCAAUGGAUACUCCAACUUGUACUUCAUGUGGGGUGCGGAAGACGAUGAUCUUUUUGAAAGAAUGCGGAAGAAACAACUGAGGUUUGUAGCAAGCAAAUACCCUCGUUACACUGCUCUGAACCAUGAACGGGAACCAAGGCAUCCUAAAGAAAAGAUGAAGAUCUAUGCAAACAGUUCUCAGAGGAUGGACACGGAUGGUCUCAACAGCAUGGGAAGGUUGUACCAAGUUAUAUCUGUGGACUACAAGCCUCUGUAUACUCGAAUAUAUGUGUCUGUUAAUCAAACCGAAAUAUAUAAUCAGCUCAAACGUUAUGGGAUAUCACUAUUAAAUACAAAAUAA